AUGAAGGAUUAUGUUCCAGAAGACAUAGAUAGCAUUUCUGGUUUUGAACCGCCUCAAUCACCCGACUCUAGCUACAACAACACUCAACUCGGUCAAGAGGAUUUUGGGAAGGAGCCACCCAUGGUUCCACCGCAUCUCAAUUUGACAUUACUGAAUGCACCAUCACCCCAGAUGGAGAUUCUGCCUCCUUACUCAAGACCGCAGCAUGUAGUGCUAAACCAUCUUUACAUGCACAGAGAUAGGAGCCGCCCGUCUGUCGUGGCACUUGGUUCUACCAAUCGCUUCCUUUCCAAAUACGUGACGGUGGUGCUUUACAAGUCCAUACAGAGGUAA